UUUGUCUAUCAGCUUUUCUCUCAAAUCAAAUACUGUUUCAUUAUUCUCCACUAAAUCGGCGUCUGCUUAAUGAGAAUUGAGAUAAAAAUUUAUUGAAGAAACAAAAUUAGAGAUGGGAGAUGUGGAACAGUUAUUUACAAAAAAGGUAGCUGAUCGAUAUUUGAAACGCGAAGUUCUCGGUGAAGGAACUUAUGGUGUUGUCUAUAAAGCCAUUGAUACUAAGACAGGACAAACUGUUGCAAUCAAGAAAAUCCGUCUUGGGAAGCAGAAGGAAGGGGUGAAUUUUACUGCUCUUAGAGAAAUAAAGUUACUGAAAGAGCUCAAAGAUCCCAGCAUAAUAGAGCUGAUUGAUUGUUUUCCACAUAAAGGCAACUUACAUCUUGUGUUUGAAUUUAUGGAGACUGAUCUAGAAGCUGUAAUUCGGGAUAGGAACAUUGUUCUGUCGCCAACUGAUAUAAAGUCAUACAUUCAGAUGACAUUAAAAGGACUUGCUGUUUGCCAUAAGAAAUGGGUACUACAUAGGGAUAUGAAACCGAAUAAUCUCUUGAUAGGACCUGGUGGACAACUAAAACUUGCAGAUUUUGGUUUGGCACGCAUAUUUGGUAGUCCCAACAGAAAAUUCACUCACCAGGUCUUUGCUCGAUGGUAUAGAGCACCUGAAUUAUUAUUUGGUGCGAAGCAGUAUGGUCCUGGGGUCGAUGUAUGGGCAGCAGCUUGUAUAUUUGCUGAGCUCCUUCUACGCCGGCCUUUUCUGCAGGGUAGCAGUGACAUCGAUCAAUUGGGCAAAAUUUUUGCUGCUUUCGGCACUCCCAAAGAAUCGCAGUGGAAAGAUAUGAAAUAUCUUCCAGAUUAUGUUGAGUACCAGGUUGUUCAUGGGCAGUCGAUGAAGACAUUGUUUCCAAUGGCCAGUGAAGAUGCAGUAGAUCUAUUAUCCAAAAUGUUCGCAUAUGAUCCAAAGGCCAGAAUUUCAGCACAGCAGGCAUUAGAACAUAGGUACUUCUUGUCUGGACCUCCACCUACUGAACCAGCUUUGCUUCCACGACCUCCACCAAAAAAGGAGUCUGUAGACUCAAAGCCCUCAGAUUUUGGUCCGACUGUGCUAUCACCUACAAUAAAGUCAAAAAGAGUGAUCUCACACCCAGAAGGCCAUGUUGAAAAGUUUGAGGACCAUGGCAUUGGUAAUGAACAAAGUGGACCUGCACCAAUGUCACUAGAUUUUUCAGUUUUUGAUGCAAGGCCUCCACGUAGACCAACAAUAAACAGUGCUGACAGAACACAUCUGAAGAGAAAACUAGAUCUUGAAUUCCAAAUCCCUGAACAGGAAGAUUAUUGAAACAUCUUCUGAGUUAGGGGUUCAUAAUCAUAGGUAUCUGUUAUUGUUACUAUCCUACAAGUAUACUAACCUUUAUAUAAGGUCAUAAUCACAAAUAUCCGAUUCGAUGAGGAAUUUUUGGUGAGUUCUAAGGGGAGUUUUGAACAUUUGAUUCUAUGUAUGAUUGAGCUGAGAGAGUGGGAUAUUGUGUUGUAGCAGAGAAAGGCUCUGAUUUUGACAAGUAAUAGAUAUGAACAAUGUGGCAUGAGAUAGAAUAUAACAUAAUUAAUUUGUAUGAUUUUCCGUCGUA